AUGUUAACAACUCAGUAUGAGAACUUCAGCAUGAAGGAAGGAGAAACCAUUCAUGAGAUGCAUAUAAGGUUCAUUUCCAUCACAAAUGAACUAAGAUGCCUUGGUGAACCCAUUCACCCAAGCAAACAAGUUCGAAAGGUUCUCAAAGUUCUUGACAAAUCCUGGGAAAGUAAAGUGAAUGCAAUCACUGAGUCAAGGGACCUAAAAGUGCUUACCAUGGAUGAUCUGAUCGGGAACUUGCAGUCCUACGAGCUGAACAGGCAGCAGGGUUCAUCGGUAAAGGAGGGAAAAAUGGAGAAAUUUGUUGCAUUAAAAAUGGUUCAAAGUGAUGGAUCUGAUGAUGAGGAUGAGAUGGCCUAUCUGACUAGGAGAUUCCAAAAGAUUGUCAAAAAGCAUGGGAGGAUUCCAGAAAAGGGGAACCACCAACAAAAGCAAGAAGUUCAGGAGUUCAAACCAUGGCGAAGGGACCAGGUCCCUGUCCAUGACAAGAGGAAGGCUCAAACUGAUCAAGUCAUAAAGAAAGCCUUUGCAACACUGGGAAAUGCCUCUAGUGAUUCUGUGCAGGAGGAGGGUCAUGGCGAUGUCUCCAUGAUGGUGGUGAAGGAUGAAGAAAUUAUCUUCAACUCCAUAUUGUCCCUGAUGUCAAAAUCUGAUGAAGAGGAUGAAAAAGAUGAGAAGAGAGGAAGCAGUCAAUACUGGUAUAUGGACAGUGGUUGCUCUAAGCAUAUGACGGGAGACACUCAAAAUUUCCACUCUUUGGAAGCACACCAAGGCGGUGGUGUGUCAUUUGGUGAUGGUAAAAAUGGGCUCAUUUUAGGUGUUGGGAAGAUUGGGAGAUCAAUGAAGCACUCCAUAGAUAGUGUGUAUUAUGUGAGUGGCUUGAAAUAUAACUUUCUUAGUGUUUCACAAAUAUGUGAUAAAGGGAAUAAGGUAAGAUUUGUGGCAGAUCAAUGUAUAGUCACAGGUCUCACUUCCAAUAAAGUUCUUCUUACUGCCAAAAAAGUGAAGAACAUGUAUGUUGCAGACUUGGAUUCUAUAGAAGGAGACAAUCUUACUUGUCUUAGUGCUCAAUCUGAAAAUGCAAGUCUGUGGCACAGAAGAUUGGGUCACGUAGGCUACUUAUUGCUGAAUAAAUUGGUUGCAGGGGACCUGGUCCGUGGUCUCCCCAGGUUGAAAUUUGCUGAAAAUAAAAUCUGUGAGGCAUGCGUAAAGAGUAAGCAACCAAGAUCAUCAUUCAAGGAAAAUAAAGAUGUCACCACUUCCAGGCCACUAGAACUUCUUCACAUGGAUUAG